AUGACGGAUGAUCAUAAACAUCCUUCGAUUGAAGAUCUUUCAUUUGAAGAUCUUACUUUUGGAGAUUCAUCCAAUUCAUUGGAUUUAUUAAAUUCCCAUCGAUUAAAUAUAACUGGCCAUUCGUUCCAACCCAAUUCCUCUUCAUUCCAGCCAUCAAAACAUUUACAUUUACACCCAGAUAUUAAAAAGUCAUCUCUUUUGACUGCCAGUUUACAACAACAUCAACAACAACAACACCAUCACAACAACUCAUACAACAAUAAUAAUAUUAUCGUUUCACCACCUACUACCAACAACAUUUCAACUUCAUUGGGUGGAUUUAAUAGUAGUACACCAAAUACACCAAACAAUGGAAUUUUAUACAACAGCAGCCUGUCACUUCUAAGUGCAGCCGUUGCAGGUAGUGCCGGUUCAAUGAUGUCUCCCAUGUCAUCGUCGUUGAAACCACCCAAAGAUAAACGUACCAAGAGUGACAAGUCAGACAGACAUGCUGUCCUUGUCAGCUCCAAGGGUGACAAGAUCAAUGUUGGUUUGUUAUUAAAGCAAUUGGAAGAGUGUGGUCCCGUCAGAGCCCACCACUUUCGUGAGCGUCAAACUUUUGGCUUUGUCCAAUUCCUAGACUCUGAAAGUGCCGACAAUGCCAUUGACAAGCUCAACAAUCAAGAGAUUGAUGGACAAAUUAUCACCAUUGAACGUAUCAAGCGUAUCACCCCGGGCAAGGACCCACGUGUUGCCACUGUAGGAUCGCCCCAAUGCUCUUCAUUGCCAACCCAAUUGCCAUCGAUGAUUGAAAACAAGCCAGACAGUACAUUGGUGCUAAAGAAUCUUCCAUUCAACCUCCGUCAAGUACAACUCCAAGAGAUACUCGAAAAUAUCAACCCAUCGGCACCACAAAGCGUUAACUUUCACUAUGACUCGAUUGGUGUAUUCCGUGGAAUGGCUUUUGUAAAGUAUCGUCUUGUCGACGAUGCCAUCAAGGUAUUUGAUGCACUCAACGGAACAGAUGUAUAUGGACGUAGAGUCCGUCUCGAAUACAAGCGAAAGGUCAGCAAGAGUAGCGAGAUUCCACCAGAAGUUUUAGAGGAUGAAAAGUUGCGCAAAGUUUGGGACCAAUUAAAAGAGUACAAGGAUGACCCCUUGUCAACAAACGAGCUAAACUUUUCAAACUUUUCAGGUGUUCAGAGAAUGUACAUUCACAACAUGGCCGAGAAGCUCAAGCUGACCCACACCUCUGUCGGUGAAGAACCCAACCGUUCGAUCAUUGUCACCAACAAAAAGUCGACUUCAGUUGGUACACCAAGCAAGGACGAGACAGGCAGCUCCUAUCUCUUGUCAUCUUCACCCAUCGGAUUGUCUUCCGUCUUGAGUGGUGGUACUAGUGCCGCCCCCUCACAAAUGUCCAUCACCCCUUCCAACAGUUAUUCCUCUACACCCAGCAUGUUUAUUCAUGCCCCUUCUCAAAGUUCGUCAAUGACCAUCUCUGGAACCAGUAAUAGUUAUAAACAAUCCAAUGCAUUGGAAUCAAACUUGUCUGGUAGUUUUGGUAAUCAUUUCCUUAGAUCUACACCUCCACUUUCAAAUUCUUUUCCAAAUAAUAUCAACCACAACAACAAUAACAACAUCAAGGGAAUGCCAAUUAAUAAUCUCAACAACAAUAUGAAUAACAAUAAUAAUAAUAAUGAUAUGAUGGGAACAUCUUGGGAACAAUCACCAACCAAUCAUACAAUAUUUACUAGUACACGUGGAUUUGGUCCAAUCGUGUCUCGAGACAGAUCUUUUUCAACACCCGACGUCGAUGCAUAUAAUCAACAACAACAACAACAUCAACAGCAACAACAACCACAACUUUCAACCUCUCCUGUCAAUAACCUAUGGAGGGGUAAUUCUUCAUCUUUAAAGGAAAAUCAUAUUAAUAGUUUUAAUAAUCAUCAUAAUUUCAAUAGUAAUCAUCCUCCAUCGUUGCAUGUAGGAUUCAAUCAUCAACAACAACAACAACAACAACAGCCACUCAAUACUAAUUCGACAAUGACAAAUAAUUUUUUAAGUCCUUCACCCAGUUUUAUUACCAGCAAUAGUAUAAAUAUUUCACCUCAACAACAACAAAUUAAUAAUAAUAGCAACAAUAAUAGUGUCAACAAUAAUAGUAAUAAUAAUAAUAUAGUUUCAUCACCCAUUUUAUCCAACAUUCGUCAACCAAAAGGCCCAGAUGGUACAAAGGGUUUCUCAAGCGAUUAUCGUAUUCGAAGAACAAUUGUUCAACCCUAA